CGCGGAACACCUGAUUGGUGCUCCUGCACCUACGUCACAACAAAUAAAUAGAGGAGCGAGACAGACUUACAUUAGUGGCCCUGUAGAUGUGUGUAGUUCAAGAGUGUCUUUCUUUCCUUUAGUGUUUGGCUAGACUGUCGUUUAGAAGAUAACGGCGCUAUUACAUUUGCUUCAUGACAUGGGAGAUCCACAGAAGAGAAAUAAGCUGAUUUCUUACUGCGUGGGUUGUGGGCAUCAGAUCCUGGAUCGCUUCAUUCUGCGGGUUUUUCCUGAUCUCGAGUGGCACGCGCAGUGUCUGAAGUGCGCAGAGUGCCAUCAGCAUCUGGACGAGUCCUGCACCUGCUUCAUCAGAGAUGGGAAAACCUUCUGUAAAGACCACUGCAGCAGAUUACGCAGUAAAUGUGCAAAAUGCCACAAAGCCUUCAUCAGCAAGGAGUAUGUAAUGCGAACAGGAAUGAAUAUUUAUCACAUCCAGUGUUUUCGAUGCGAGAGCUGCAAUCGUCCGUUACUUCCUGGAGAUGAGUAUGUUCUGCGGGAUGGUCAACUGCUCUGUACAGACCAUCAUGAGUUAAACAAAUUAAAGUCUGGCUCAAAUAACCAACAGAAAGAGACUGCAGAUCCAUUUGAGGGCAUGAAAUCCACAGCAUCCUGGAGGACAUCAGAGAGAGCCACCCGUGUGAGGACGGUUCUCAGCGAGUCCCAGCUCCGCAUGCUACAGACCUGUUACAGUGCCAAUCCCAGACCCGACGCCCUCAUGAAAGAGCAGCUCGUGGAAAUGACGGGCCUCAGUCCUCGGGUCAUUCGCGUCUGGUUCCAGAACAAGCGAUGCAAAGAUAAGAAAAGAAGUCUGAUGAUGAGACACACACAGAAGCAGCUUGAGGGCCAUCUGGUUUCAGAGGAUCCAAUGCUAGCCAGUCCAGAGAGCCAGGACAGUGACGUGAUGAUAAGCCCACCAUGGAAACUACUGACCGACUUCAUUCUGCAAAAGGAUGCUGAACACAGAUCAUACCAGCAACUGCUGUCUUUAUCAAAGGAAGCUCUUUGUUCUGCUGGAAGUGAAGCUGUGUCAAUAUCAGCUCAGUUACCAGACACACCCAACAGCCUGGUAGCAAGUGCCACGGACAUCAGCGAGUGAACGGAGCCUCUCCCAUCUCAAAAAUGGAUGGGGUAUUCCUGCAAUACCGGAGGCUGCAGUUUCAGAACCGCAGACCUAUGGACCUAUUUCUAGAACCCUUGUUUUUUGUAUGUACUAGCAGUUCAUGCUAUUUUAGAGCACUUACUAUUCAAUUCUGUAUUUGUAGUAUUAAUUUUCAGGAAUGGUUUGGUUGUUUAAUUAUUUAAAUUUAAUUGAUAUAUUACCCUAACCAACCCCUAACCCUAAACACAACUGUUGGUAACACUUUUUUCCUAUAUUCUGGUUUUAAAUUCAGUUUUGAUGAAAAGAAAGAGCUUAUUUUCAAAACAGAAGCAAGAUAUUUUCUGUGUACGUAUAGGACAUGAGACUUCCUUUUCAUUAGCUGCAGCUUGGCAUGGCGUGUCUCGUCUGGUGUGUGACUGACUUAAAGUGCAGUAAACAGUAAAACUGUUUGCGCUGCAAAGUAUGUGUUUAUUAGUAUGUUAAUAAAUGAAAACAAUAAAACAAAUACCGGUUUACAAUGUCAAUCAAUAAUGAACUGUUUUUGCACAGCUAAAAUAACUGGAGACUGUUGAACAUUCUGAUUCUUAAACAUUCAAAUUUAAAAUGUCUGCUUUUAUGUUAAAAAUAAGGUGGAAAAAUUAUAAAAAUUUAAUAAUUUCCAUGGGUCUAGACUUUGCUCCUGUCUCUUCUCUUGGAGUGGCAUUGCCUAGGUGGCGCAGUCACAGAAAAACUAGGGUCCUGAAACUACAGCCUUCAGAAUUGUAGGAAUAAAGUAUUGACUAAACAGCCAAUGGUUGAUGGUUAACUUUGAGAAUGAUGAAGGACUUCUUUAUAUACAGUACCAUUUAAAAGUUUGGGGUUGGCAAGAUUUUUUUUAAUACUUUUG